AUGACCUUCGCCCCUCAGGUUAACAUCUCCCAGGCCGGAGUCCCUCAGGGCUUUGCUACGGAGAAUGUCAGAGUAUACGCUUCGUACGUUAUUACGGCCCUGCUUUUCGGCUUUUUAGUGCUCAAAAGGCGGGGAAAAUACCCGGACGUGCCAUGGGUGAACCCAAAACGCCCUACUGAGUUCACCACAAUGAGACAGCGUAGAGAAUUUCUAAUGAAAGGCCAGCAAAUUUUACAUGAGGGAGCGGAAAAGUUCAAAGACAAGCCGUCCCAACUUAUGACGGAGCUCGGCCCUGUACUCCUGCUCCCACCCAAGUACGUAGAGGAGCUUAAAAACAACAAGGCCCUCAACUUCAGGAAGCCGGCGGAGGACACCAUACACUCCAAACUUUGGGGCUUUACACCAAUGGACGCUCCUGCCGAGAUACACAAGGUGGUUAAUAACCAUCUGACGAAGGCCCUUUUAUCGUUGACGAAGCCAAUCUCGGAGGAGACGACUCAAGCACUGAGGGAAGUUUUCCGAGAGUCAAAGGAAUGGUUCGAAAUCACCCCAGAGACGAUUAUGCUCGUCGUUACCCGAAUGUCAUCCAAGGUGUUUAUGGGCAAAGAGCUUUGCGGUGACAAGGAAUGGAUCGCAACCUCAUCGGCAUACGUCGCCCAAGUGUUCUACCAACGCUUUGUUAUUUCCGAAUUUCCCAAGUUUUUACGUCCGCUCGCCAAUGUAUUUUUGCCCGGUUCCAUCGAAGUUCGUCGUACUCUCAAACCUUGCCAAAAAGCACUUCAGCCACACAUGGAAAGGCGCGAAAUUCGCAAGAAGGAGGCGCUGGCCCGUGGCGAAACAAACCCGUGUAACGAUUCGAUCGAAUGGUUCGCCCAAGAAAUCAAAAGUCGCGCUUACGACCCGGCAUCGCUGCAAAUUGCUCUUUCCGUCGUCGCAAUACACGCAACUGCGGAUUUGCUGGCUCAGACUUUGUUCGACCUUGCUAAAAGCCCACACCUAAUUGAGCCGUUGCGAAAUGAGGUGAUUGAGGUUAUUGGUACCUAUGGAUAUUUCCUCAGGACCGCCGAAGAAGAUAUUAAGCUUAGUGACGGCUUCCUUCUUAAAAAAGGAACCAAAACGCUUCUAAGUAUGUCUAAUGUUAUGCAAAACGGCGAGAUUUACCAGGAUCCCUUUCGGUACAAUCCUUACCGCUUUGUCGAAAUGCGCAAAAACUCGACUUUGGAAGGCCGCGCUCAUCUGGUGAGCGCUACCCCCGAGCAUUUUGGAUUUGGCCACGGGGCGCACGCCUGUCCCGGCCGUUUCUUCGCCGCCAACGAGCUCAAGAUUGCCAUGGCCCAUAUCCUGCUCAAAUACGAUUUGAAACUCGCCGACGGAGUUGCCGACCUUGAGCCUUUGGCCAUUGGUAUUAAUUUGAUCCUGAAUCCCGGCGUUAAACUGCUGUUCCGCCGGAGGAAAGAGGAAUUAGAUCUGGAUACGAUUGAGAUCUGA